AAAGAGGCCAAAUUAGACGAAGGGCCGAACGACUAACCAGAUAUUAAAGAUGCAGUGGAGUCUCUUUCUGCUGAUUCUGAUGGGGCAGUGUUUCUUCUCCACCUGUUACCUGUAUGAGUACCACUUUAUUAGAGAAAACAAAACCUGGGAAGAAGCACAGAAAUACUGCAGAGAGAAUUAUACAGACCUGGCCAGCGUGUUUGACAUGGCAGACAUGGAGAGACUGCGUAAAUCCACAGAGUAUGAAGGUAAAGCCUGGAUUGGACUGUUCAGCAACCCAGGAAAAGAAAACAGGAUGUGGCAUUGGUCUCUGCCAGGGGUGAAAUACAAUGAACUUGAAACCAGAUGGGGACCUUCUGAACCAGGUGAUCAAAAUGAGAACUGUGUGCAGACAAGAGGAAACUGGACACAUGUCAGUUGUGACAAAAUGAUGUGGUUCAUCUGCUACGAUGGAAAGAAGAGAGACGGUAAAUCGAUCCAUUUGAUUAAAGACCCCAAGACCUGGAAAAAGGCUCAGAACUACUGCAGAGAUCACUACACUGACCUGGCCAGUGGACUCGAUCAGGCGGAUGGGGAAGAAUUUAAGAUCCUGAAGCAGAAUCAGGGCUCUCCGAUGAAUGUGUGGAUCGGCCUGUUCAGAGACACCUGGAGGUGGUCAGAUGGAAGUAAUUUCUCUUUCAGGCACUGGAAUAUGGAAACAUUUUAUGACGGACAAAACAACAAGAAAUGUGCUGUGACUCUGUUAAACAGAUCAGGAAAAUGGGGCUCUGAUGAAUGCAACAACAAAAAUCCUUUCUUCUGUUAUGAUGAUAAAUUGAUUCUGAUCAAUGAAAACAAGACCUGGGAGGAAGCCUUGGAUUACUGCAGACUGCACAACACUGACCUGGUCUCCAUCACUAACCCUCACCAACAGAGAGAGGUUGAGAGGAGAGCCAAGAAUGCCAGCAGUCCCUACGUAUGGGUGGGACUGCGCUACGCCUGCGUGAUGGAUCUGUGGUUUUGGAUCAGUGACAAACGAGUCUGCUACGAGAACUGGGCUGAUAAAGGAAAGAUUGAUGAGUGUCAUAGGUGUGCAGCUAUGGAAAGAGGAGGACGGUAUCAGUGGGUCAGUCAAAGGGAACAUGAGAAAUAUAAUUUUAUUUGUUCUAAACAAUAAGCUUUAAACCUCUCUGACUCACUGCAGGUUAAUUAUUGCAGCAGAAAUAAUUUGCUUUUAUGAUUUUAUCAAGCACUGAAUGUAGAAAGAUGAAAAAACAAUAAUAAUAUUGCAGCGAGUCACCUCUAUGUUUUAUAUUAAGAACCAAAAUAUGGAUUAAGGGAGAAGAAAGAGAGACUUUAUCCAAGAUUACAAAAGCUAUAUGAAAAGGGUGAUUACAGUUUUUGUUUUAGGGUCUUGUAUGUGUUAUUUACACAGAAAAUCACAGCAUGUUGUGUUAGCAUAUUAGCAAUGAAAGCAGAGAGGAGGAACUGACAUCAUGUCCAGUUUCAACCAACAUGAUUAACAUCUAUGAUAAAUGUUUAACCUGCUGUUUAAUUUAAGUUAUAUCCAAGUGUGUUUGUAUGAUGAUUAGAAGCCACUUUUUAGAGAUAAGUGUUAUUCAUAGCCAUAUUAUAAUCAUGUGUUUAAAGUAAACCUCAGUCUUAACCAUCUGCAGCAGUAAUAUUGAUCCAUAUAACACUGAUGAUACUUUUACUUUUAAGCAUUUUAUG